AUCUUAUCAUAUGCUAUCAACUAGCCUUGGAAUUGUGACCGUUGUCCAUGUAUAACUUGUACACGUACAGUCGUACAGUAACCCCUCGUCGAGCGACAUCAUAGUGUGGCUGCGAUUAAUUGAGCAACGGCGUGAAGCUGUUUAUCUAGACUUUUGAACCAUCGAACUCCCCAUUUCAGACUUCCUCAUUGACAAAUCGCGUACAAAAAGCCGCUUUUUUGUAUGGGAAAUGUCCGAGGGGUUAGUUCUCAAGAAAAGUUCUUUUGCCAAAGUGUAUUGUUACGUAAUACGUUUUAAAAUGAUUUGCCGUAGAGAAUUAUCUAUUAGUUUUCCCAGGUGCUUACGGUGUGGUGUGACGAGUAUUGAACAUCACGGAUACAGAGAGUCAACAAUACCGUAAAGUACAUUCUUUGAUUCCUGUGCAUUAUCCUGUCCAUGCCUGUGCCGUUGUGAACCUAUGAGAAACCAGCAAUUAUCAAUAAAACCAGUUUCUACAAUCGGAGCGGUAGCUCAUCCAAUGUUCUUACGACACAUUGUACGGCAAAGUUUAAAGAACAUCCUGCAGCCUACGACCCAACGACGGUUAAAACUGACACAGAAAAAGGGUCGGAUCAAACCUGGAGACGAAACCUGGAGCUUAUUGCAGCUGUUACAGUAUUUGUCAAUGAUAGGUACUUGAUAACGACAAAGCGGUAUGACCGAUAUGAAUCAUGAAAUCAAUCGUUUGGAAACGUUUGCUGAUUGGACCAACGUUCAUGUGCAGCCCGAGGUGCUGGCCCGAUACGGUUUCUAUUAUGUUGGCAGUCCUGACAACGUGAAAUGCCAAUUUUGUGAUACACAGGUUGGUGCCUGGGAACAGGGCGAUAGUGUAAUAACCGAACACCUACGCUGGUCACAAUACUGUCCGCUGAUGCGAAAACAACCGACAGAAAACGUGCCACUCGAUCCACACUUUUUAGACAGUGUUCCCGACCCUACACCCGAUGUUACUAGCUACUACGGAGGACCGUAUGAAUAUGUAGGAAACUCUUCGAGACAUCACGAUAGCGUACCAAUCUGCCGUCCUGAGUAUCCGGAAUAUGCACUCGAGUCCGAUCGUCUGAGAUCGUUGACGGAUUGGCCAACGGCAUUGCCUCAGAAACCGCAGCAGCUUAGUGAUGCGGGCUUCUUCUACACCGGAAGGGGAGAUCAGGUACGGUGCUACUAUUGUGGUGGAGGAUUAAUGCACUGGGAGCUCGAUGAUGAUCCUUGGGAACAGCACGCAAUGUGGUACAGUAACUGCAAAUACUUGCAGCAAAUGAAGGAUCGAUCGUUCAUCGAAAGGUGCUUAGCUAAGAAGGAAGGAAGAAGCAAAACGAACGAAGAAGUUCCAAGUGCUUCCACAUCGACUACAUCGACAGCUCCUGCAGCGUCACGACAAGUAGUAGAAACAGAAGCAUCUGAUGAUAAGCUUUGUAAAAUAUGUUAUGAAAAUGAAUAUGGAACCGCGUUCAUACCUUGUGGACAUGUGACCUGUACGAGGUGUGCGCUAAAGUUUGGCAAAUGUCCCAUGUGUCAAUCACCAAUUCUAAACAUGCAGAAACUAUUUCUUGUUUAAGUGCCAUACAAUCCAAAUCAUGACAAAUUGAAGUUCCGAUUUAAAAAAUAAUGUAAAAAAUAUUUUUAAACUUUACUGUAGGCGUGCCAAAAAAUUAUGUUGUAUGAUAAAUGUGUAGAAAAAAAUAAAGACAUCUAAAAUUUCGAUUAUCAUGUGGCUAGUCGUACUGGAACAUAUACCAGAAACGAUUCGGGAAGCCAUUGAUAUAUUAUUA